UGUUUUCAUUCUUCCGACCAGCAGACUGGAAAUCUGCGUGGAAAAAGUUUAAUAAUUGCAAAUUAAUUCUUGCUAGUUGGUAUAUAGCGCGCCACUGCAGAAUGGCUGCCAUAGUACUAACUAGGAACAUGCAGCUGGCGAAGCAUCACGGCAGCGGUGUCGUGGGUGUGGUGUGCCUGCGCAGCUAUAGUGCCGCCGCCGCUCCACCAGAUGCUGAUGCGCCACGUCCGUUGAAGACCACAAAUCUGGCUGCCAUGAAGCGCGGCACAGGCGGACGCAGCAGCUUCAAUGGCAUCGUCGCCACCGUGUUCGGUGCCACCGGCUUUGUGGGACGCUACGUGUGCAAUAAGCUGGGCAAGUCGGGCACGCAAAUGAUUCUGCCCUAUCGCGGUGAUGAUUCCGAUGCGAACCGGCUGAAGGUUUGCGGUGAUUUGGGUCAGGUGCUGUUCCAUUUCUAUCAUCUUGAAGAUCCACGCUCCAUACGGGAGGCCGUCAAGCACUCAAAUGUGGUCAUCAAUUUGGUGGGACGUGACUAUGAGACUAAGAACUUUAAGUUCAAGGAUGUCAAUGUAAAUGGCGCAGCGCGUCUGGCCAGCAUUUGCCGUGAUGCCGGCGUGGAGCGUUUUAUACAUCUAUCCGCGUUAAACGCCGAGGCUAAUCCCAAGGCGCAUUACAUCUCGGGCGGCAGCCAGUGGCUCAAGAGCAAGUAUGAGGGCGAGUUGAUGGUGCGUGAUGCUUUCCCCAAUGCCACGAUAAUACGUCCAGCCGAUAUCUAUGGAUCUGAGGAUCGCUUCUUGCGUUACUAUGCACACAUCUGGCGUCGUCAAUUCCGCUCGAUGCCACUGUGGCAUAGCGGUGAGCGUACCGUUAAGCAGCCCGUAUUCGUUUCUGAUGUGGCACAGGCCAUCGUCAAUGCCGCAAAGGAUCCGGACACCUCUGGCCGCAUCUACCAGGCUGUGGGUCCCAAGCGCUAUCAGCUGAGCGAGCUGGUCGACUGGUUCCAUCGCCUAAUGCGCAAGGACCAGAAGCGUUGGGGCUAUCAGCGUUACGAUAUGCGCUGGGACCCCACUUUCAAAUUGAAGGUUAAACUCACCAACUUGAUUUGCCCCGGUGCACCCAUUGGUGGACUGCAUCUAGAUCGCGUUGAGCGGGAAGCCAUCACCGAUAAGGUGCUGCCCGGAGUGCCGACGCUGGAAGAUUUGGGUGUGCAGCUGACAAAUAUGGAGGAUCAGGUGCCUUGGGAGCUGCGUCCAUAUCGCGCUGCCUUGUACUAUGAUGCAGAGUUGGGCGAGUUUGAGGAGGCGUCGCCGCCAAAAACUAUUGAAGCGGGCGAAGAGCUGCGCUUGUUAGCCCAAACGUUGUGAAUUGGAAAAUCUUAGUGUGUUUAUCAAUUUAAAUAAAUUGUCUACAAAUUAAACGAAGAAAUAAAACUAAU